AUGGGAUCUGUCUCGGAGCCAUUCGUCUUCGUAGACGGUCCAAGGCCAUCAGAAGCAGAACAUAUAUACGAUCAUUACUUUUCCGAUUAUCCAACGCAAGGAUACGAUCAAACACUCGUUCAACAAAUUCAAACUAGGAGAUCUUCGCCAAAUUGUCAAGGCUCGUUAUUUUUUGAUAAUUUGUUGAAUCUUGCUUUGCAGACGGGCUCACUUGAUGAUGGAGAUGGCAAUGGUGCAUCACCUUUUUAUCCACCGCAAGAAGGUAAAGUGGGAUUAUGCGAGCUUAUUGAACGUAUUUCUUCAUCCAACUUUGAUCGUGUUCGCAGGACAGCACUGAUCUAUUACCUCAUUCUAGACUUGGAUGCAUAUCAUGGCGUUCAAGCGAGUAUCCCGUUUGCCAAACAGAUGGCAUUUCCAAGAAGUGUACGCGAAGGUAUGAAAGGCUAUUGGCAUUUGGAUAACGGGCAAUUUCGUUUAGGUAUAUCUUACCUUGAACAACCUGAUUUCGUGCAACGUAUUGCUCGUGUGUUGUCACCGCUACCGUCUGCAUCCAACAACGAAAGAGAUGCACAAGAGAAAGCAUUUGCGUUUACCUCAUUCCUCAAAUUGAUCAACCUCGACCUUCUCGAAAGUGAAGUGCCUGACAUUGCUGAAGCCAUCACAGUCAGUAUUUGUUGGACGCAAAACAUACGUGCGGCAUGGUUAUACUGCAGAAGUAUGAUCACGAUGGAAGGUGGAGAAGAAGAGGAGAAAAAGAUGGCUCUUUGUGUGGCAAGAAUUGUGGAAUUUUGUUUUACACUUCAACCAAAACCAACUUCCGUAAAAGCAUUGAUUGCAUUGCCUUUGACCAUACCUGAAGAACAAAUGCUUGCUGAUAUUAUCGUCAAUCCUCCGCCCAAUAUUCAACUAUCAGCCCUUGCCCAUGCAACCGCGAUUGAUACACUCCUUGUGCGAUACAUCAAUUCAGGACAGUACAUCGAUGCUAUCAUCUUGGAUCGCAAGGUAAACUCUUCGCUUGGAUUGAUGCAAGUAAACCAGGAUGCUUCAGGAUCAGAAAAAGAUCGUCAGAAGGCUCGAAGUUUGCGGGAAAAGAGACAAGCUCUAGUAAAAGCAGCAUACUCUGUUCUUACACGUAUUGAGAGAAUGAUGUUAGAGCUAGGCGACGAUUUUGCCGAAGCACCAGCAGAAGAGGAAGAAGAGGUACAUGGCUUAGAAGGCUCUUGGGAACGUGUUACUCCAAUGGCAGACAGUACCAUUCAGUCGAUCAGAAGCGAAAGGCCAACGAUUGCAGGACCAUCGACUCAAAGAUUGACAGCUUUGACUGCAUCUCCAUCGUUAAGAUCACCGGCCGAACCAGGAAGUGAACGUUCGAUUGAUCCUCUCUUGACAGAGGUCGUUCGGUCAAGCCCGGCACGCUUGCGCAGUAGAGUAUCAGCACUUGGAGGAAGUCCAAGAGCAGGAAACGUAUCGCUUGGAGGUGCCAGCAAUAUGGACAUCGGUAGCCCACGCUCGCAGUCCUUCGUUGGAAGCCCAAGCAUUCGACGAUCUGAAUCGCUAAGGAAGUCCAUUCACUCCCGUCAGGGCACGCCUUCCAGAAUCAAUGCUACCCCUAUGCCCGGAGAUGUUAGUCUCUCUAUGCCUUUAUCGAGUGCAAAACCUUAUCAGCUGCUAUCACAGCAAAAAGAUACGCAGAACGAGAUGGAUCAAUCCUUCUCAGAUCAAGCAGAUACUAUCGGCCCAGAUGUUGGACAGACAAGUGUGAUGAGCGAGACUCAAGAAGCUACAGGUCCUUUGUCCAGAUUGGCACAAGAGUUGGAGGAAGAAAUGCAACGAAAUCAAGGCUCUGUAGAUGAAAUUCUACGAAGAUCGAUCACUACCAAUAGCAUGUCUCCUUUCCGUGUUGUCAGUGGGUCAAAUAGAGCUGCACAUUCUACUUUGAUGUCCAGUAAGCCUAUCAGGAGAUACGAAGCUCGAUAUGAAAUUGGUUCAGGUCGAGCCAGUCAAGAGCGAGAUAAUGACUUGCGAGGGAAGGGUAACACCGAGCAAGAAGUACAAGAGCCUAUCAGAAGGAGAGGAGGUCGAACGCUCAAUUCGAGACAACGAAUUCCAAGGAGCGUAAGCCGGGUUGAACGUGACAAUGUAGAAGAUGAUGGCGAUACAUCAGUACCGGGCAGCUUCCCUGGUAUGCAAGAAGAUCCGCCAGCGAAAGGUGAUGAACAAGUUCAAGAAGCCCCUAAAAGAGCCACAAGAAGAAACACAAAAACUCAAAAGAAGAAGCAACAAGACGAUGAAGAUGAAGAUGUAGUACCUGAAAUGGAAGAAGUUAGCACGGCUAUACGAAAAAGUCGUAGUGCAGCAAGUAACUUGGUAGGACGACCAAAAGCAUCAACACCCUUACGAAGAAGUGCACGAUUGAGCGUCGAACCUGAUGCCGUUCAUGAAGAUGUUACGAGUCCCACACCAAAGACACGUUCCAAUCCCGUCAGACAGCGUUCACAACGUUCUGCUUCACCUACCAAAAAGGCAAGUACCGCAAACCAAAGCACACGCAAACGCAGAGGCGCUUCACAAGCCCCCACCGAACCAAGUGAAGAUGAAAAUGAUGGAGGAGAACAAGGGAUAGCCACUCGCAGCAGCAGGAGAAAAGCUGCCGCAAGCGGAAUGCCAGGAGGGUUUUAA